AGCAGAACUCAUCGCCACCCGAGGAGCACGUCUCUGCGCCUGCGGUAUCGCGGCAAUUUGUAGUAAGAAAAAGAUGACGCAUGGUCAUGUUGCUGCUGAUGGGUCGGUUUCGAAUAAGCAUCCAAAAAUUCAAGAGGAGAUGGGCUGAUGCUUUGGCCGAGAUAUUGAACUGGCCGGAGGAUAGGGAGGGAGAUGGUAUUGUUUUGACACCUGAGGAAGAUGGGUCUGGUAUUGGUGCUCCGGUUAUUGUUGCCAUGACGUUGGAGAGAGCGAGGAAGGCUGAGGAUGCUGGUGUCAAGGGAGCUGCUGAUAUGUGAUGUGAUGGUUCUUGGAAUCGCCGAUCUUGUUGAUAUGACGAAUGAAUGGAUCUCAGAGUCAGUCGUGAAGCAUUCAGUAUAUACUAAAUCGAAGUAGGUGCAGAGA